AUGGACGAUAUUCCAUUAAGAAAGAUUAUUGAGCAGCAAAAAGUAGGAAAAGAGAAGCCAAGAUCACACUCCCCACCGAAAAAAUUCGAAAAGCACAGCAAACACGCUCCAAAAGAAAUCUCAUCAAAACACCCCGUUUCUCGCUUCAAAAAAAUCAAAUUCCCAAAGCCAGAUGAAGAUCCAGAGCACGGGAUUUUCACCAAAAAGAUAAAGAAAAGAGACCCUCGGUUCGAUAAUCUUUCAGGCAAAUUCAACCAGGGCUUUUUUGAGAAAUCUUAUUCAUUUAUUGAUGAUUAUCUCUCCCAAGAACUCAAAGAGCUUCAAGAGUCUCUUGAUGAUCCAGCCUAUGCUGCUGACAGAGGCAGAAUAAAAGAGCUAAUUAUCAAGAAAAAACAUAACAUAAAAAUUGUGAGGACAGACUUCCAGACCUCAUGGCCCUUUUUCUUUAACACCAGCAGGCAACAGCCCAGUGUGAAGGGGAAGGGUAGAAGAGGCUGGUAAUUCUUUAUGUAUGCCAGCUAGAUUUUUCUCGGGCCCUAGGGAGCUAGUCCCUGGGGCUUUAAGUUUUUGCCUCCAAGACCAUUAUUGGAAAAGGGCAGGACCAGCUACAGCCCAUAGCGGAUGAUAAAGGGCUCAAGAGGUGGCAUCUGCCAAGAAACUGGGAGUUCGGCCUAGGUGAUGAGUCCGUAGACUCUAUGAGUCAUGAAAGUCAAGACCGGUUGUGCGAAUCCCUUGUCUGCAGCGGCGAGGAAUGCUGUCUGCCAGGCUCGUUCGGGGAUCCCUAGCCCUGUCUAGGACAACUGCUUACUUAAUCUAAUCUGACCAAGAAAAAACAAGAAAUUCAGCGAGCCAAAGACGAACAAAGAUACACAAAUGUAAAGCGAAAAAUGAUGAAAGAAGAAAGAGAAAAGGUAAAAGCAGGAAAAAAGCCGUAUUUCUUUAAGAAAAAGAUAAUCAAAAUGCAAGCUAUGAAAGAAAAAUUGGAAGAACUUAAAGAAACAGGAGAGAUAAGCAAGUAUCUUAAGAGGAAAAGGAAGAGAGAAACAGCCAAAGAAACAGCUGAAGUCAAUAAAGCACACAAAAAGAGAAAAACUGAGCAAUUUGAUAGCUAA